AUGUGCAAUGGGAAGGACUUAGAUAUUGGCAGCAGUAUGCGCCUCUGCGAAACAGAGGCAAAGAAUGGUGUCACAUUACUGGCAGCACUGUUUCAACUUUUAACGAAAAGAUUGCUAUUACUACAGUUUUUUCUGAAGUUCUCUUCAAAAGACAUAUCCAUCUGCAAGAGUCGAGAAGCGCAAUGCAUAGAUUUACAACUGAUAGUUUCUGUUCAGGCCGAUGUUGAGAAAGAAGUAGAAGUGACACAACGCAGUAUGCUGCAACCAUCGCGUAAGCUCAUGACUGAGGACAAGACACAGCAUAGUGAAGUGGAAAAUGUGAAGGCUGCAGUAAUUUUGGAAAACUCGGAGAGAAGAACUCACAAAAAGAAACAUGCCAGUCGCGAGAAAAGUUCUUCGGGAAAUGUGGUGGCUCAGGUUGUCCAUGAAGACGAAGAUGAUGGAAAGGUGGAAAUAUUGAUUCGCACACAUAAAUCGAAACCGAAGGUUCACAAACGGAAAAGCCAUUCGCGUGAAAGUGCUACUCAACAUCCUUCACCUACCGAAGCAAAAAACAUAUCAAUCACUCAAUCCUCCCAGUCAGUAACAGCGGGAGUUCUGAAGGAAGGAAGUCUACGACAGCACUCGCUAAGAUCAAAACCGUCAAAGGGCAGCUUUGCGCAUGAAGAUUUAAGGGAAAACAAGACGUCUUCCCUCAGAUCCAAACCAUCAAAGAGUAAACUCCCUGAAUCAGACACAUCACAGGAACCGAAGGCUACCUUACAUAUCUCGCUCAGAUCGAGAUUAUCAAGAGGAAAGCCCAUGGGAGCGAUUGUCAAGGAGGAAUCCAGCUUCAGACAAUUCAGAAGCAUCCCCUGUUCAGAACGGCUUACGAGAAGCGCUCCGUCACUGAGAGCAAAACAAAAGGACCAAGGAAGUGAUCAAAAUUCAAUUAGAGAGCGAAUCAAGAGAGGACUGAAAUCAGCAUUCAGUGCCUUCAGCAGAUCCUCACUCGAAAAAUCGUUUCAAACUGCAAAAGCUAAAAUAAGUAAACCUGCACGGACUGCGACGUAUACGUACCAGGACACUUACUUGGGAAACACGCAAACCACAUUAGAAGACAACCCAGAAGAAGAUGAGGAUGAGGUUUACUAUAGCGACAGGACUCAUCGUUCGGAUUUGGAACUCAUUCCAAAUAACGACAACAACGGCAAAUUAUUUAACGAUAAAGGACUGCCGUUUUGGAAAGACAAAAAGUACUUGUCUGAAGUUCCCAAUAUAGCGAGAAUACCAAUGUCGAGUUUGAUACUAAUGUUGGCCGAUAAGAAAUUAGUGCUAAAGGAUCCAGUACCAGCACCAUCGCGUAUGGACGCAUUCGAGUUAGAAUUAGAAGAAAUGAAAAGUCGAGAUAAUUCACACUUUAGUGACGAAUUAUUACUCAGUAAUACGAUGCGAUCAAUAAUUUCAACACUUGACGAUAUAGACAAAUAUGCUGAGAAUAAGCCCGAAGAAAUCCACCAACUUCUCAUUGAUGAACCUAUAAGCGCAAGUAACUACUCGAGGCAUGAACCCGACGUUAUUGAAACUGUGCCUUUUUUAUAUUCUGGAUUGGGUGUUUGCAAAAUGACGAAAACCGAAAGCACAUCAUCAAGUCUGACUACGAACAGUGAAGCUUCUACUUCCUCCAGUGACUCAAAACUUGACAGAAGUAAACGAACAAAAAAGAAGAGCACGAGCGAGGAUGAGGAAAAAAGAAUGUGUGACGACGAGGUAGCUGCUCUUGUUGUGGACAAUGGUUCCGGUAUGUGCAAAGCCGGCUUUGCUGGAGAUGAUGCUCCACGAGCUGUGUUCCCGUCUAUUGUUGGACGUCCUCGUCAUCAGGGUGUGAUGGUUGGAAUGGGACAAAAGGAUUCGUACGUUGGUGACGAAGCUCAGUCAAAAAGAGGUAUCCUCACACUGAAAUACCCAAUCGAGCACGGUAUCGUCACGAACUGGGAUGAUAUGGAGAAGAUCUGGCACCAUACCUUCUACAAUGAGCUCCGAGUUGCACCAGAGGAACACCCCGUCCUGCUUACUGAGGCUCCACUUAACCCCAAAGCUAACCGUGAAAAGAUGACUCAAAUCAUGUUCGAGACCUUCAACACUCCUGCUAUGUACGUUGCCAUCCAAGCUGUGCUUUCUCUAUACGCUUCUGGUCGUACCACUGGAGUUGUACUCGAUUCGGGAGAUGGUGUCACCCACACUGUCCCUAUUUAUGAGGGUUAUGCUUUGCCUCAUGCUAUCCUUCGUCUUGAUCUCGCUGGACGUGAUUUGACUGAUUAUUUGAUGAAGAUUCUUACUGAGCGCGGAUACUCGUUCACAACCACAGCCGAACGUGAAAUCGUUCGAGAUAUCAAGGAGAAGCUUUGCUAUGUUGCGCUUGACUUCGAACAAGAAAUGGCUACUGCUGCAUCAUCUUCAUCUCUUGAAAAGUCGUACGAACUUCCCGACGGACAGGUCAUCACUGUUGGAAAUGAGCGCUUCCGUUGUCCUGAGGCACUUUUCCAGCCUUCAUUCUUGGGUAUGGAAUCUGCUGGUAUUCAUGAAACCUCAUAUAACUCGAUUAUGAAGUGUGAUAUCGAUAUCCGAAAGGACUUGUAUGCCAACACUGUCCUUUCUGGAGGAACCACGAUGUACCCCGGAAUCGCCGAUCGUAUGCAAAAGGAAAUCACUGCUCUUGCACCCAGCACGAUGAAAAUCAAGAUUAUCGCCCCACCUGAGCGCAAAUACUCUGUCUGGAUUGGAGGAUCUAUCCUGGCUUCACUGUCUACCUUCCAACAGAUAAUUCUAUUCGAGAACGCCUUAUGGACUUGCCUUUGUUCAAAUCGAUCCAUGUCUUCUGUAAUAAUAAAAAGAAAAAGAUUAUUUUGCUGUUCUGUGUUCGUUCCAGUGGUAUCCCACAUGAUGUUGCUCUGGGACAAUCAGAUUUUCCCAAAUGUGGUUGAUGUAACGCCCCCAAUAGCAUUUCGAGAACGUUUCCUGCCUCGAGUGGACAGUUUACUAAAGCUAGAACAUGAAGCUUCUUACGCUGGCACGAUCAUUUUUCCACCGAAAACGACAUGGAAAUCUAUCUUUGCCUCGGUCGACUACGGUGAUUACAGUUCCGUGGAGAGUACUUCAACCUAUGGCGUCUUACCUUGUCAGAAUGCUACCCUUGCCCCGGACAGCAUCAAACACCUUGUUCUUAUUCAUCGCAGUGAUGGACGGCUGAAAUUCAAAGCGUCCUGCGAGAAUGGGGAGAUCAGUGAUAUAAUCAACACCUCCCACUACUCUCCAUUUCUGUGCGGAAGCAUGGUGGACUAUGUAGAGGUCACCGGUGUCAUUAACGACUCCUUUCUUCUAUGGUUGUCAGCAGCAAAACUUAUUAUUUCAUUAAGAAUUCGCGAUGCUAAAAUAAUGUGCAGCCAAGCCGUAUUUUACAAAGCUAUGUAUCGCGUUUCCCUACAGUCGCUAGCAAUUUGCCGUUGCAUGUUUGUAGACGCUCAGAUGCUUUCCGAUGAACUCUUCUCUAGAAAUCCGCAAAUACGUGAAUUCGAAAUCUCCUCGAUAGACGGCUGCAGGCAAAGCUUUCCUUUACUGACUGAUCGAGUGCUGCGCGGCUGGUGUGUCACUGGAUUACCUCGUAAACUUCUCCUCCAUCACGUGGAGACUUCCUUCACAGUCCGAGGUAUUCGGACCAUGAUUGAGGCGGCCCUGCAAUAUCGUCAUUCUCGCAGCUGGAGCUUUGGUAAGAUCUGCUCGACCACUGACCAUUCUAUAGAGGAGCUCGAAGCUUGCAAGGCUAGAUUCGGAGACCAGCUGCAAAUUCUUCGCAUACAUCGCAGCUACAUUCAUGUUAUAUCUGAUCUCAUUCCCAGAAUGUACGUAUUUUUCUAUACCUCUUAUGAAAACACUACAAACGAAGAUGGUUUGGAAAGUCUGGAUUUUAAAUAAUGCAAAUUCCAUGUAUUAUAGUACUAUUAGUCCAUAGUUUGUGUAUCUUUAGUUUUAUCAAGUUACUGUAUGCAAAUAAGUUCAGUUUAUUUUAUGUCUCAUCGCUUGUUAUCAUUGCUUCUUUGGUUUGCGAUUUAUAUUUUGCAUGUAUAUCGCUGCUGUUGUUUGAAUUGUAUUGUGCUAUACUUUGACCGUAUAUCGUUUUAUUAGACUUCUAU